AUGAUGAUGAUAAUCACUUGGCAAUGCGUGGCGGCGCGUAGUUGUAGCUUCUUGACGAUACAUAUUCGGAUUCGGGGUAUAAAAGCUUCGGGCACUUCACAAUUGCAAUAUAGUUUCGUACAAGAAGCGCUCGAUAUCGUCAUGGCUGUGAUUCGUGCGAGUUGUUUGCUGUUCGUGUUGCUGGUCGUCGGUUAUGGUCGGGCGGCACCUGCUCCAGCACCCGUCAAGGCGGAGGGACGCACUUUUGGGCUCUUGGGCGGCGGAUUCGGUGGCAGUGUUGGUCUCAGUGCUGGAGUUGGCCUAGGCGGAGGCCUGUACAGUGGCUUUGGCGGCGGCGGUUACCCAGGCGGAUAUGCUAGUGGCUAUCCAGGGGGGUACGGUGGCGCUACGGUGGCGGGUAUUCUGGCUAUCCCGGGGGCUACGGUAGCAGCUAUUCCGGCUAUCCUGGCGGUGGUUACUCUGGCUUUGGACACGGACCACAUCAUCACGGAGGAUUCUAUCCUGGCGGCGGCGGUGGCGGCGGGUCAUACUACAACCAGGGCGGCUCGUACGGCGGCCAGUACAGUCAGUCGCAGUACUCCAAUGGCUACCACAAUGGUGGCUAUGGCGGCGGUGGCUACGGAGGCGGUUUCUUCGGUUAAACUUAAACCUCUCCUGAGGCUGUGAUCCACCUGUCUAGUUAAGUGCCUUAUUAUUUGUACAAGUGUACUCGUACCUGCGUCGGAGAUUGUAAAAUACACACACAUCAAA